CUCCCUAGCUAGCUCGAUCAUUCUUAUUUCUUAGUACCAUUCCACUAUCAAGCUACUGAGUCUUUGCAUCUCCUGCAAUGUGAAAAUUUUUUUGGCGGAACUAUGAGCAGAUUUCAGAUGAACUUUGAGGAUGGAGAAUGCAUGAGUUAAAAGGACAGAAGCUACUAUUCCAACUUGUCUUAUCAAGGGAAGGGGAGAAGUAACUAGCAUACUAUAGCACUGCUGUUGAUAUGGCAAGGGCAUGUUGGCCAUAUUUUGAUCCUGAAUAUGAGACUCUAAGCAUCAGAAUAAAUCCUCCAAGGGUGUCUGUUGACAACAUCAGCUGCAAGGAUUGUACCAUAGUGAAGGUCGACAGUGUCAACAAACCAGGAAUACUUCUGGAGGUUGUGCAAGUCUUGUCUGACCUUGAUCUCAUUAUCACUAAAGCUUACGUAUCCUCUGACGGCGGGUGGUUCAUGGAUGUUUUUCACGUUACCGACCAACAUGGCAAUAAAGUUACAGAUGGAAACACUAUUGGUUAUAUAGAAAAGGCUCUUGGACCAAAGGGUUACACGUCAGAUGUGUUGAAGACUUGUCCAGGGAAAAACGUGGGAGUUAACUCUCUAGGUGACUACACUGCUAUUGAGCUUAUAGGCAGGGACCGCCCAGGUCUUCUGUCUGAAAUUUCUGCUGUCCUUGCCAAUCUUCAUUUCAAUGUUGUUGCUGCUGAGGUCUGGACUCAUAACCAGCGCAUAGCAUGUGUUCUUUAUGUGAACGACAAAGUUUCAUGCAACGCUGUUGAUGAUCCAUCAAGAUUGUGUGUGAUUGAGGAGCAGCUCAAAAAUAUUCUUCGAGCAUGCAAGGAUGAUAAUAAUAUAGCACACACGAGUGUCUCCAUGGGCAGCACCCACAUUGAUCGGCGGCUGCAUCAAAUGUUCUUUGCUGACCGGGAUUAUGAAGGCGGUUGCCUGGACAUGGAGGCAGAUUGUCCUUCACUCAAACCAAACGUCUCAAUUGAUCACUGUGUGGAGAAGGGGUACUCUGUAGUCAGUGUGAAGUGCAAGGACAGGCCAAAGCUUAUGUUUGACAUAGUGUGCACCCUAACGGAUAUGCAGUAUGUUGUUUUCCAUGCAGCUAUCUCAUCAGAUGGUCCUUCUGCAUCACAGGAAUACUAUAUACGUCAUAUGGAUGGAUGCACUUUGGAUACUGAAGGGGAAAAGGAUAGAGUCGUCAAGUGCCUUGAAGCUGCUAUUCAAAGAAGAGUAAGUGAGGGCCUAAGACUAGAACUAUGUGCAAAGGACAGGGUAGGACUGCUAUCUGAUGUAACAAGAGUUCUGAGAGAAAAUGGGCUGUUAGUUACAAGAGCGGGGGUGUCAACUGUUGGGGAGCAAGGAGUGAAUGUGUUCUACGUAAGAGACUCAUCUGGAAAUCCAGUGGACACAAAAAUAAUUGAAGGACUGCGCAAAGAAAUCGGGCAAAGGAUGAUGCUUAAUGUGAAGAAAGUGGCAGCAUGUGCAUGUGCAAGUGCAAAGGUACCACCUGAGACUGCUGCUUGGUCUAAGACUAGCUUCUUCUUUGGGAGCUUACUGGGGAAAUUCCGGGCCUAAAACUUAGUUUAUCAAUAAAUGGAUUAAUCAUCUUCACUACUCUAAUAAUAAAAACCUAGUGUCUGUCAACUCAAAAAUUUGAUUGUACUUGUUGUUUAAGCUUUUCAAUGUUUACUUGGAUGUUGGACUAAUUAUGCCCCAGUGGAAGUGAUCAAGAUCAGCUCAUUCUUAGUCCAUAUAUUUUAUACUACUACUACUACUAGCUUUUU